UCGAAAUUGGAGGAGAUGCGCGCAUCUGCGCGAAGCGAGCCAACACGUCGGUGGGGUGAGUACGCGUCGAUAGCCAACCAUCGUUCCUAGUUCCUAGUGUCUCGCUGUGUUUCGUCGAUUCGUCGCGUCGCGCCAAGCCGUAUCCGCAACCUCGAAAUCUUUCUCGUUCCUUCGUAACCUCCAUUCGACUCGACGAUUUCCCCGAUAUCGGUCAACGAAGAUUCUACGUCAACGAACGUGAAACCAACACCUGCGUAAACUACCAAACCUAACCCUAACGUCGCGUUGCCUCGCAUUGGCCAGCGUUGGGUUGCAUCGUCGCAUCGCGUCGCAGUUUCUUCCGUUGCCAGUCCUCCCUACCCAUCUGGAAACUCGCAUUUGCCGUCAGUCGUCGUUGAAACGCGGUCGACAACGCUACCCGGCAGUACGGAACGAUCGAACGGAGAAACUGGUCCGCAUCGUUGAAAAAUCGUCGCUCCGGUGUCCACCGUUGGUUGCUGGCCGACGGUUGAGCGCGAUCGAGGUCGAAGGAGGAUUUAUUCUCCGGACGAAUAAAUCGAUAUCAACGACGACGGCCACGACGACCACCGCGUCGAUCGCCAACGGUGGUGCGGUAGUGGCGCAGGGAUAGGUAAGCGGCCAGGUCGGCGUUUCCUAGCCGCUCGACGAUCGCUCGAAGGACAUCGUAAUUUCGCGAGAGAGAUCUAUCGACCGGUGAGGAAAGGACGAAAGUCGAUCGCGGGAACCGGGCUCGAUGACCGUUCGAUCGGUCGCGUGGAAGCGACGCACGGUAGCGAGGACACGCGGAAAAAUAUGGUUUCGCGAACAUCGAAGCCGGUGCCUGUCACCGACGAAAUCUCCUCGCGGAAACUCGUGAGACGGUCCCAGUUGAUCGUCGAUUGCCUUCGUCGACGACCGAGUUUCGUUCUGCUGCUGUUGCCUGCUGCUUUCCUGGCCAGUCUCUAUGUCGUUUCUUCGGAAAAGGAUUACGAUCUCGAGCCACGAUAUCCGUCCUUCGUCAAGUCAUACAACACGGCCGACGGUACGAUGGAAGGCUACCUAGUGUGGAAUUCGAGAUGCCAAAUGCCUUCGAAGAAACCCGUUGACCCGUCGAUCCGAUCUUACGUGAAGAAGAAGACGUUUGAAAAAUGCGCGAACGAGCCGCCGUUUACCGGUUUGUCCCUACGAGAAAACGGCACCGUGGUUCUGUCCGUGAACCCAGCCAUUGCGGCUCGUCAUCCCGGCCUCAGAUGCUGUUGGUCGCCGGUGUACAGAGCCGAGAAACAACCGAAGAAACCGACCAAAGAUAACAACGUGGAUACGUCGAUCGUGGUGAAACGAUGCGAGAGCUUCGAGAAGGAAACGACGACGCCCGACGACGCCCAGGCUGUGAUGGUCAGCUGCACCGUCGAUUCGAAGACGGACGGUGGCGGUGGACAACGCGGUAAGCCGAUCUACGAGAACGUUCAUGCCAUUCCGAACCCUGAGAAGGUUCGCGAUCGGACGCGACGCAACGACAGCCAGCAGUCGACCACGUUCGGCACCGUGGCUCUUUCGAGAAAGCUGAGCGUCCUGCUGCUUGGCAUCGACAGCGUCAGUCGAUUGAACUUUAUACGUAGCAUGCCGAUCACCGAGAGAUACCUGCUGGAAACCGGCUGGCUUCGAUUCGACGGAUACAACAAGAUGGGCGACAAUACGUUUCCCAACUUGAUGGCCAUCCUGACCGGACAGAACCAGUCGCAAGCCUACUCGUUGUGCAAACCGACCGUUCCGUACAUGCUCGAUCGUUGUCCCUUCCUCUGGCGGAAUUUUCGCGACGCGGGCUACGCCACUGCCUAUGGCGAGGACGAAACGGCUCUCAACACCUUCAACUAUCUCAAGAUGGGCUUCGUCGAACAGCCGACCGACUAUUACCUUCGACCUUACAUGCUCGCCUGCGAGAAGUUGCUGAAAGUGAGAAAGAGAUUCGGCCUCAAGUAUUGCACCGGACCCGAGACCAGCUUCGAUAGAAUUCUCGAUUACGCGAUCGAGUACGCGCGAGUGUUUCGCGGUUCGCCGUAUUUUGGCUUCUUCUGGACGAUCAGCGUGAGCCACGAGAACGCGAACGGACUGUCGUCGAUGGACGGCCGACUUCUCGACAAGCUGAAGCGACUGGAAAGCGAGGGCAUCGCGAACGACACGAUGAUCGUCCUGCUGAGCGACCACGGAAUGCGCUGGGGACCGAUCAGGAACACGUUCGUCGGGUGGUACGAGGAGAGGCUGCCGUUCCUCUACCUUUGGCUUCCCGAAUGGUUGCGAGAAGAACGGCCAGAGGCGUAUUCGUCGCUGCGCGCCAAUCAACGUCGGUUGAUCUCGCCGUUCGACCUCUACGAAACACUGAGGGACGUGCUGCAGUUGUCGGGUGGCUCGGCCAAUCCGUCCUCGGGGUGCCCCGGAUGUCGCAGCCUGCUUGCCGGCCCGGUACCCCUCGAGAGAGGUUGCUCCGACGUCGGAAUCUCGUCUCAUUGGUGCGCCUGUAGCGCCUUCGAGUCGGCAGAUCCUCGCGAUCCGAUCGUUCAGAAGGGGGCGCAGGUGUUCCUCGAUCACGUGGACAAGCUGCUCGACGGCUAUCGGGACAAGAAGGGAAGACGGUUGUGCGCGAAACUCCGUUUGAAGAAGCUGCACCGUGUAGACCGCGUGAUCGACUUUGGAAACUCGAGCAGCGUCGCCUACUUCUACAUGAUACAAGUGAGCCCCGGCGAUGGAAAGUUCGAGGUGACGGUUCGAUACCACGAGAACGGAACCUACACCCUGUCCGACCACGAGGUUAGCAGGAUCAAUCCCUACGCCUCUACCGCGGAGUGCUUGGAUCGCGGAACCAAGCAAUAUUGCCAUUGUCUCAAGUAAUCCGCGUGGAAAAUCUCGGGCCGUAUCGGAACCGCGACCUCGGUCGACGUAUUACGCAGGAACCAGGCCUAAUAAAGUGCCAAAAUCGAUUUGCCUCGAACAACCUUAAGAUUCCGUCUCGCUGAAUUUAUUUCGUUUUUUUUGGCAACCACAGGGCACUACUACCAGUACCACGGCCGACGAAACACCUUCGUACACGCGCGAGUACCAAUUCGUGCCCGCGUAUGUACUAUAUUAUUGCAUACAUAUAUUCGCAUAUAUAUAUGUAAAUAUAUAUGUAUAUGUAUAUGUGUGUAUAAGUAUGUAUAUAUAUAUAUAUAUAUGUAUAUUUUACUACGUCUCUAUAAGCGUAAUUUCCUUACAACUUCAAGAGAGGUACGCGGCGAAAGGCGAUCGGACGUCGCCGCGUUUCUGAUUCGCUACAUAUUCUCCGAUCGUCGUUGCCAACAUUACCAAAAAUAAAUCUUUUUCGCAAAAGUGUC